CCUAGAGCUUACCUUAGUCCAACCUCGUAGCCCCGAUCACUUGUCCCCACGCCGCCGCCCGACAGCCCCAAGCCUGCCUGUCCGCACCUCUCUCUCUUUGACCUGAUCAUUGUCUCCUCAACCUUAAACCCUUUCACCUCAGGAUUGAUCCUUUUCUUCAAUCGGACCCUGCAACUAUUAACUGCUUGAUUGUUGCAUGCCGGCAGACAAGCCUCAACCGCCCCUCCCCCGCCCCUCCCGGCUCAGCUGCGCAUUCCCCCGUCGCGCAUCUCGACUGAGACCGCAAACUGUCUUGCACGAUUAAGUAUCGGCCUGUAGUUUCGUUUGACAUCCCAUUCGACAUACAAGACCGGGGCCAUGUGGAACGACGAGGACAAUAACCCUUACGCAGAGGGCUUUGACCGGAGGGAUAGCUUGACUUCCUCCUCAGCCAACCCGGCCUCUCCUACCACCCGUGAGUAUCUGGAUGAUUCUUCAAACAGUACUGAUGCCGACUGGGAGACUCUAGACCAGCGAUUCGACAUCCCGCAGACCCCGUCAACCACAAGCGACGAGGCUCCCCAGAAUCGCUCCCACGCCCAUGAAGACAGCGAUAUCGAGAGCAGCGACAAUGAGCCGAUUGCUAGAGACAGAGGCAACAUGGUUCCGCGCCCCAAGCCUGGUGGUUACGAGAGCCGAAUCGAACAGAUUCUUUGGGAAAACCCAUCAUUGACUAUCCUCAUCACGGAUGCGGGAAAGAGCGCGGAGAGCGGGGGGAAAUACAUCGUCUACACCAUCCGGACAGGCAAUCUCGAAGUCCGCCGACGGUACUCUGAGUUUGCUUCCCUGCGCGAGGCGCUGACCCGACUUCACCCUACCCUGAUUAUACCACCCAUUCCAGAGAAGCACACCAUGGCCGAUUACGCCGCGAACCCGACGAACGCGAAGCAAGACCAGCAGAUUAUCGACCUGCGCAAGCGCAUGCUCGCUGUCUUCUUGAACCGAUGCCGACGGAUGGAUGAGGUCCGAACCGACGGUGUUUGGUGGAGAUUCCUUGAUCCUAACGCCAGCUGGAGCGAGGUACUGCACUCCCAUCCAGUGUCUUCGAUACCCAAAUCAGUUCUGAAGGCGCCUCCCCUGGAUACCGCGAACCCUACGCUGGCCCACAGUUUUCUCCCCGUACCAGCGACCUCGGCUAAGCUUAAGACAACGGGUGGUCCUGGUGUCGACCCCGGAGCGAUCUCUGGUACAGGAUCCCACGUCUUUGGCCGUUUCCCCCCUGACAGCCACGCUCUCAGUGAGCAGGAGCUUGACCCAUACUUCAUUGCAUACGAGGCUUCGAUCAAGGAGCUGGAGCAGCUGCUAUCGGGAUCCAUGGAGAAGGUCAACCGCCGAACUUUGAGUCACUUAUCCGCUCUGGCUGCAGAUCUCUGUGAGCUGGGUUCCAAGUUCAAUGCGUUUGCGCUCUCAGAACAAGCACCCUCUCUAGGGCCAGCCCUCGAGAGAGUCGGCCAGGCUGCGGACUCCUCGUACAUCGCGACAGAGGAGCUCUCUGGCUCGCUCGGUGCCAGCUUCGCGGAGCCAAUGCGCGAGAAUGCACAGUUCGCAGGCGUGGUUCGCAGCGUCUUGAAAUACAGGGUGUUGAAGCGGGUGCAGCAGGAGCAGACAAGUGACGAGCUCAGCAAGAAGAUCACCUUACUCGACCAGUUGGAGCGGAGCGAGGCUGAGGCCAAGCGUAUCGAACAGUACCUGAGCAGCAGUCAGCAGAUCGCGCCGGCACCAAAGCGAUCAACCAGCCUUCGGGAGGCAAACACCUCACACCACCAGCGUGAUGGCAGCACCGAGGACACAGCAUCUAUCGACUCAGACUUCCCUCCUACCCACGGCGAGCCUGUACCCACUGCAACCCAGGGAGUUCCGCAGCGAAGUAACUCGACACCGGGCCAUAAGAAGGCCGCGAGCAGUAACUCGAUCACGAACAAGAUCUUUGGACCGAUUCGUCAUGCUAUACAAGGCGUAGCUGACGUUGACCCAGAGAGGACCCGCCGUGACAUGAUUGGGAAGACUCGGGAGAGCAUUGAGCAGUUGGAGCAGGCAAAGGUUGUUUCGGAGCAUGACGUCAAGGAGGCCAGUGCUAGCAUCCUGAAUGACCUGAAGAGAUUCCAGGGAGAGAAUGAAGAAGAUCUACGCCGUUACAUGCUGGCGUAUGCCAAGAGCCAAAUCGAGUGGGCAAGGAAGAACAAGGAGACUUGGGAGGAUGCUAAAGCCGAGGUUACUAAGAUUGACGAGAGUUAGUGGGUUGAUGGGCUUGACAGAACGGAGGGGCAUUCUCCGCAACGAUAUCAGAACGGUUCUGGCUCAGAGCCCUUGAAUUGUUCGCCAUAAUAUUACGAGGCGUUGAGUCUACUGGGUUUGGUUGAUGGUUUGCUCGUCGAUUGACGUAGGAUAGCAAAGCUCUACUGGCGUUUACGAGGAAAUUUCCAUUCGUAAAAGCCAUGGAAUGGUCGAAGACAAUUAAAUCAUUUUGUAUGCUGGAUUUCUUUGCCUGUGUAAUGGUCCGUCCUUGGUCUCGGUUUCCUUAUUGCAUGUUCUAGAAGAGGACCGCCUUCCAGCUAGUAUAUUCAAACCCAAAACAAGAUUCCAUCAACUCCC